AUCAGUGAGGUGUAUCGCUCACUCCUCCUCUGUCACAUUCCUCACCCCCCUACACCCCCUCCUCCUCCUCCAGCUGCUCCCGCGCCGCUGCUUCUCCUCUCCCUCUCCUCUUCCUCUCCGCCGCUUCUCCUCAUCCUCCCUCCACACCGUGGCGGAGAUGGCGGGCGUCGCAGCCGCCUCGUUCUUCUCGAACGCGUGUCGUUUCGGUGGCUGCGGGCUGCACUUCGACUCUCUGGCCGAGCUCAUCGCCCACAUCGAGGACAGCCACAUCGAUACGGAUCCUAGAGCGCUGGAGAAACAGGAGCUGCAGCAGCCCACGUACGUCGCCCUGAGCUACAUUAACAGAUUCAUGACUGAAGCAGCACGCAGGGAGCAGGAGAACCAGAAGAAAAAGGUGCAGCCGAAACUGUCGCUUUCAGCCACCGGAAACGUCUCGCGUAACAUGUCCACGCCCCCUCGCCAUAGCAACGGCAGUCUGACCCCGCCUGUGACUCCGCCCAUCACUCCUUCAUCUUCCUUCCGCAGCAGCACACCCACAGGCAGCGAGUGUGAUGAAGAGGAGGUCGAGUAUGAAGACUCGGACAGCGACGAGUCCUGGACUACGGAGAGUGCGAUCAGUUCCGAGUCCAUCCUGAGCUCCAUGUGCAUGAACGGAGGAGACGAGAAGCCCUUUGCCUGUCCUGUACCUGGCUGCAAGAAGAGAUACAAGAACGUGAACGGUAUAAAGUACCACGCCAAGAACGGACACAGGACGCAGAUCCGCGUGAGGAAGCCCUUCAAGUGCCGCUGUGGGAAAAGCUACAAAACCUCUCAAGGGCUCAGGCACCAUACCAUCAACUUCCACCCCCCACUGUGAUUAUUACACACACACACACACACACACACACACACACACUACUCAUAUUGCUUCAAAACGUACGUACUCACCUGCACGCAGUAUGACAUCAGCUUCCUGCUGGUACCUUUUCUGUUCUUUAUUUUAUUUUUUAUUUGUAUUUAUUUAUUUUUAAAAUAAUUUGAAAUAUUUUGUAAGUGUUAGUGUCUCGCACAAUACUUUCAUGUCGUUAUUUGCUUUUAACAGCCGUUCAGUAAUUAUUAUUGUCCAGCGAGGCUGAGAGAUUUAAUUUACAGACGUGUGUGUAUAUAAUAUCUAUAAGGAAACGUUCAGCAUGUGCAUGAAUUUAGUCGCUGUACUUUUAUAUGUUUGUUUUUUGUUUUUUUUUUUGGUGGAUUUUCACACGUACACGCCGAAAACGAAACCGUUUCACGUAAUACGGUGCGGUGCGUACGCGCCAAAACUCAAAGGGGUCCGAAUACGGUACGUUCUGAAUCCUAGGGGGUGGGGGGUGUAUAUUUUAACACCGUGCCUGUGUUAGUGCUCAAAAUAUCCACCUGUUUUUCAGAUUUAAACUAAAAAUGGGCGCGGGUGUAAAAAUAAAUGUUUACAUUUAAAAAAUAGGUCAAAAUGGAGGUUUUUCAUCAGCGUUUCGUUUUAUAUUUAUUUAUAUAUAUAUAUAUAUAUAUAUAUAUAUAUAUAUGGCCUGUUUGAUUCUCCGAGAUGAUUUUAUAUUUUAAUAACGGUAAAAAAAGGUACACGAACGUACAAGAUUUACAUGUUUGAAAAAAUGAAUACAAUCAUUCAUUUCUUUCGAAUAAAAAACACAGAGAAUGGGAUUUUCUGAAAUCUGGCAACCGUGGCUCUACAGCGCCACGUUCAGGUCGAAACCUCACACCUCUGCGACUGUUCGGGAAUCGUUUCCGUUUGUUCACUCAUAGAAUAAAUCCGGAUUUGGGCGGAUUCGGGAAGCGCACAGGCCCCUUCGGUUUGUACGCGCACUGUACGUUAGAUCAGACGGAUUAGAUUUGAUUUUCUUGGUCAUUUAUUCACACAAUGACCAAACAGCGCUCCAGGGUCCAGUCUUCUUGGAGAAGUCUCUACAAGCUUUAUGCUCCCUCUCUAGCUCAGUCAGAUUGGAUCUUCAGCUCUCUCCAGAGAUAUUCUCCCGAGACUCGUCCUGAAGCCACUGCAGCGUCGUCUUGGCUGUACAUCGUCGUCGUCGUGGUGACAGGUUCCCACUACAUGCCUUUUACCUACAGUACGCAUGGUUUCUACCUUAAAGUUCUGAUUGAUGGAGUAUUAGAGUGGGCACUGGGUUCUUGUUCACCUCCCCGACCUAGGCCGUUCUUGUCCGGACAAACUCGGAUCCAGAACGUCUUCCAUUUCUCAACGACGAAGCUCGGCGUGCUCCUGGGGACGUCCGAAAGCUUCAGAAACGGUUUUAUUCCCGUGUCUCGACACGUUUCGACCGUGGAGGUCCGCAGAGAGUUCCUCGCACUUCACGGCUCGUUUCGUUCGGUCUGACCCGCACUCGUCUACGCACAGCCGUGCGCCUUUCUGAACCACUGGCCAGAGGUGUACUCUAGUGACGUUCAAGAGUCCCUAAUUUAUGAACACGUUUAACCGAUGCUAGUGGAGUCGAGCGGACGCUGGUAGAUUUGAACAAACUCUGAACGUGAGGGCGCGGGAGAGUUACAGGAAUGGGGCGGGGCUUAAAAUCAGAGCGUCCCGAACACCAGCGCUGAUCAGAUUCCAGAUUCACGUGCGCAUUUUCUCUUUCACUAUGAUGUGUUUGAGCGAUAACUGUACCGGAAUUCUCCUACACAGAAUGCGUAAUGGCUGGCAGGUCAGCUGAUAUAAUAUAAUGUCAUUUAGCGGUUAGCAGUCCCGCCUCCGCCCUUGGUGCAUGGAGUACGCACGUUCUCCCUGUGCUUCGCCCGUUUCCUUCCCCAGUCCAAAGACACGUGUUGUAGGCUGUCUAGCGUCUCUGAAGUGUCCGUAGCGUGUGAACGGGUGUGUGAUCGUGCCUUGCGGUGGGUCAGCACCCCGUCUCGGGUGCCCCUGCGAUAGGCUCCAGCGACGGACGGAUGGAGUAAACAGCACCGGAUAUGGCGGCAGUAUAGUUUCGUGUAGAGACACAAACCUAAUUACUAUUAAAGUGGAACCUACCGUUUUGUUCUUAUUUACUUUUCAACCUUCUGUUUCGUUUUGUUCCUUGUUGGCGGAGAAACUGUGCGAGUCUCAUCGGAAAGACAUUAAUCUCAGGUCCCAACACUGCCACCACCAUUUAUACAACACUGAGAAAAGGGACGUUGCUGACAGCGUUACUCCGCCCAGGAAACGGUGAUGGAUGUGGAGGGAGGGAGGGACGGAGAUGACGGAGACGAAGGAACAUUAUUAGUUAUUAGCCAGCAGCUGUGAAGUGCCAUGUUAUUGUGGUGUGCGGAUGAGCGUGAGCAGUGUGUUGAUCAGACCUGAUACUAGUGUGUACGCACUCUGCACUAUUGUAUGUUUGUGACGUUUCCUCAUCGCGCUCGUGUUGGUUUUGUGUUUCCGUGCUGCUGCUCGCGUGCCAGUGUGUGUUCCUGCCUCGCCGCGCCGCUCUGCAGGACCUCUGCUUCUAGUCUUACUGUUCGUUUUCGUCAGAAGUAUUACGCUGUUAUGUCGCUGCCUCUCGUUAUACGCUAUGAUGCCAUAGAUAUAGAUAUAGAUAGAUAUUUACGCUGGCAGCAGUGAUUGACAGCGAGCGUAUUUUCCCCGGUUGCACACGUACUGUACGGUUUAUAGUCGCCGCGGUGAGCUCGUGAUUCGGUGUAUAAUCUGAAUGGCGAGGUAAGUCCAGCGUGGGAACUGGAUCAGAGGCGCUGCCUUAACUCCGACCUCGUCAGUAGGAUGUACUCGACCCUUCGAAUCUCCUGCAAGCCUGCAUUCCAGUACCGGGUUCACCUUCACGUCCCCUCAACACUUCAGCUGCUGGGGAUCAUCAGCGCCCUCUUCAGGCCCGCCGCAGUACACCUCACACACCGAGGUAAAACCCCAAGCCGUCGCUGUAGACAUUACCAGAAGGCACUGUGAAUCUGAUCCGGGUUCUUCUCCAAACUCUUUAAACAAAAUAAAUGGUGGGUGUUGUUUAUUUAAUUUAAUUUAAAUGCGCAAUAAACCUCUUCAGAAAUAUCACCACCGGCUCUACCUACACUUCCGCUUAGCUAGCACGCUAGCCAGCUGUAACAUCACGUCACACACAGUGGGACGAGUGCGUGGUUGAGGGUGUAUGAACAAUACAGGAAUGCAGGCCGGGUGGUGAGGUAGUACACACGCGCCAUAGCGGUUCCCCCGUGACGUGACGUGCCGCGCCGCUGCUCUCACGUGAGCUCGACGCACACCGAGCCGCACACACACCAGUAUUCACGCGUCAGUACUUUUAAACCGUAAACGUCGCGUCAUCGAGUACGGAGCACGUUUCGGGCGUAUCCCGAGAGAUUAUUAAACCCAUCGGUCCAGCCUCCAGAGGAAGCCGCGAUGGGACGAGCAGACGGACAGACGGCGUGUAGAUGCCAAAUAAAAUAAAACGUGUAGUGCAGUGAACAGUGCCAGUUUUUAUACUUGAACAGACGUAUAUAGUUCUGGUUUCACGUCGACGUGGUGUCACUUUGAGUGCGCGUGCGCGUGUGUGGAGAACCUUUCUGCACUUAGCAUAAACACUCGUACAUAUCAUUUUGUAGAACAUCUUCACAGAGAGGAUGCGUGUGAUGGAAACCUUUAUACUUUAUAUACACAUCUGGACUUCAAGUGAAUAAGAUGCAGUCGUGUUGUUCUGUGUGUGUGUGUGUGUGUGAGAGAGAGAGAGGCAGUUUGAUAUCCUGUACAGUGAAUGUAUUGUAACCUCUUUGUAAAGUAGUUUUGAAAUUAUAUUUUCAUACUACCGUUUUGUUUUGUUUUUUUGUUUUUUUUUGUGUGAAAUAUUUUCUCCGUGGCGAAAUUUGUACCAGGCGUGUCCUUGUGAAUAUGAAAAGACUGUUCAGGUGUCUUUUAUUUUAAAAUGCUGUUAAGAAAAAAGAAAAAUAAAGACAAAAAGCG